UGCAGCUGUUCUACACUGACCACAGAGGGACCAGGGGUUGCUCACUGAUCAGGACUCAACCAAUAAGAUGGACAGAUAUCCCUUCUUCGUGUUUGUGUUGUGUGGGGUAUUUUUGCCAAGAGUCCUUUGUUUUCCACAUGAAAACCUUACAAUAGAUUGUGAUACUAUGCUACCGCACCGUGGAGGCGAACCACAAAAAUCCACUCCACCAUAUGUUAUUUCUGUAUCUUUUGAUAAAUAUGAUCCAGGAAACGAAAUUGAAGUGACUCUAGAGGGAACUGCAGAGCGUGGUUUUCAAGGAUUUCAUCUACAGGCUCGAGAACUUGAAGGAGAUACUCCUGUUGGUUCCUUUAAAAUUACAGAUCCAAGCACGCAAGCCCUUGCAUGUCAUAAUGUUUCGAAUUCAUCGGUAAGCCACACAAAUUCAGAGGUGAAGCACAAAGUUACAACAACUUGGAUUGCACCUUCGGACACAAAGAGUAUUCAAUUUAGAGCAACAUUUGUUCAAGAUUCAAAGAACUUCUGGGUUGGAGUUCUCAGCAAAACUGUCACUCCUAAACAUUCUCAGUCAGCCAAUGUCACAGAAAGAAGGAAUAAGAAGAAGGCUUCACGGAUUGUGAUUGAGAUGGAAUGUACCAAAAAAGGAGGCACUUACUCAACUAGUGGCGGAUGUAUUCAGGGUGGAUCCUCUGGUUCCUCUCAGACUAGCUAUUCUAUUGGUCAGGUUGGAGUCAUUUCUCCAGGAGGCAGCCGGGGUGGAUGUGUCCCAGGCACUGAUGGCAUAUACAGCGGAUAUGGCUGUAGAGAUAGGUCUGAUAUGUCAACAUCCGUAUCUCUAAAACAAGAAAGGCAACCAUAA